AUGUCGGAGCCCAAGGGCCCGUCAGCCAUCGGCGAUGCUGCUCCAGCUAAGAAAUCGAGCAAGAAAAGUUCUUCGAGACACUCAGUCGCAGCUCCUGCCUCCCAAUCUGUGGCUCAACCCGUUGCAGCAUCUGCAUCUCCAGCCGGUGCAGUGCCCACGGUACCUCGAAUCCACUUAGCAGAGCCGAAAGCAGACGUCGAUACUAAACGUAAAUCAUCAAAGAAACGAACAUCAUCAACGUCGCGCGGUGGAGAAGAGUCCACUCCACCAGGUCCAUCAGUUCCUACAGGUCCUGAAGCUCAUGCAGCCGUCGACGUCGCUGCAGCCAAGCAGAAAGAAGACGCCGAACGUGAAAAGCAGCUGAGACGGGAAGCCAAAAAGCAACGAGCCAAGGAGCUCGAAGACGCCAAACGUCGAGAAGAAGUGGAGAAACAGGCGCUCCAGGAAGCUCAGCGGGUAGAGGAACAGAAACAACGCGAAGCUCGUCAGAAACAGCAGCUAGAGGCAUUAAACGCCAACGCAGAAGAAUGUCAAGAAGAAGCAGACGACUACGACGACGACGGCUUUGAGAACUACGACGAGGACUUUGAAGAAGAAACGAGUCAACCCAAAUCCACUUGUCUACCGACCAUUAAGGCCAAGGCGAGUAAGACUCGAGGCGUCUCGAACGCAGCCGAACUAGAAGAGCUACGUCGGAUCCAACAGGCCAUGCAGGCAGAGACCAAAGGGCUCCACUCAGCGACUUCCAGUCUGUCGAGACCGAGUAGUAAAGCCAGCAAUCGUAGUGAAGAGAGGUCGGAUACUAUGAGACCGUCUACGUCCAUUUCUUCGUCGAUUGCUGGCUUAAAGCAGUCGCUGGAUCCUCGCGCCAAACGCGUGAAGGAGAUUCUGGAACGACGUAAAUUUGAGGUGGACAAGUUCUCGUUGUUCCAGUUAAAUCCUGUUAGUGAGCAAGAGAAAGUGACGAAUCGCUUGAGAAGAGGAUUAGUCAAGCAGGCGUUUGUGCAGACGAGUGAGGGCGCGAGGACGCUGGCGACGCAGACGAAGCCUCCAGAAACACAUAAUAAGAGUAUGCACUUUCCUGAUGAUAUCGGGAUUGACAGGGAGAAAGAGAGUGAAGAAGGAGCGACAUCUACAGCGCGGUUCUUCAAAUUCUUGGAACAUGCUGCUUAUGUAUGUGAGACUAAGCGCCAUCAAGUGACGAAUAUCUCGAAAUUUGACCGGAAAUUAGUGUUCCCAAGCCAGAAAAUCGACGCACUGGAGCAAGUUCUUCAAGGUCGGGACCUGGUAGCGCUUCGGUUCUCUCCAGCUGUAUCCAGCACGCUUCUAUCCUGCUACGGGGCUGCUUACAGUGUCGAUAAGAGUCAAUUGUUCCGGGACAAGACCGUGUCGUGUGUCUGGGAUGUUAAUCUACCGAAUCGUCCUCUCUAUAUACUCAAAAGUGAAGGUGUGGCGUCGACUGCGUGCUUGAGUCCUUCACGAGACCUUUUUGUGGUAGUUGGGACGGAAGAUGGUAGUAUACAUGUAUGGGAUCUUCGUCCGCAAUCCAUGAUUCAGUCCACGAGUCUGAUAGAGGGCCAGGCAGUUUGUACGCCAGCGUAUUCGACGUGUGGGAUGAACUACCGUGCACUGGAGCAACACACGUCGACGAUUGUGGCACUAGAGACGAUUGAUCGAGGUAGAGACGGGUCAGACACGGGUGGAACGUUCCAGUUCGGCUCCAUGGAUGACCGAGGCGUGUUGAUUAUCUGGAGCUUAAUAGAGUUUGAACACGGGGACGAAGCUCUGGCUACAGACAAGUGUGUGCAGAUUGGAGGAAACGUGAAAAUGGUCAUGAAUACGCGCAUCGAAAUACAGCAAUAUCUAACGCCUCAAGCGCCUCCGAAGCGCAUUGGAUCAAAGACGAGUGCGGUGUCGCUUUCUUUCACUAAUUUGGUUGCGCAAGUUGGUCCUGUGGUUGCUGUGUUGAAGUAUUUCCCUCGAGAUCCUAACCAGUUUAUCGUUGGAACGCGUACAGGUCAGCUAAUACGUGGCAAUCGCUUUGAUAAAGCUACUUCUCGUAUGCAAUAUGAACGGGAACAAGGCUUAAAGACGAUAGAUGCGGCGAGUGGAGUCGUCUGUAUCGACUUUCAUCCUUUCGAGUCGGACUAUUUCCUCGUGGGUUAUGAAGACGGCAGCAUUUGUCUGUAUCACUCGGAUGUGUCCUUGUGUCUCACAUCGUGGGAAGAAGUACCAUUUGGGGUUAGUGUCUGCGCCGUGGCAUGGUCGACGUCACGUCCUGGCAUCUUUUAUGCCUCGUUCUCGAACGGCAGGGUGCUGGUCUGGGACCUGUUAGAGUGCACAAGUGGAGCGACUUUAACGCAUGAGUUGGAUACUCUAAAGGAGAGAUCUCCAGUUGAGCUGGCUUCGUCAUUGUAUCCGCUAGUACUGUCGUCGGAGAAGAUGCGAACGUCGCGUCCUGCGAUAGCGUGGCGGAUUGACUCCAGCAUCUCGCAGUUCCAGUUCGCAAUCUACGAAUUGGGACCGGAGUUCACAGCUCCAGUAUCAACGGAACAGCAGACGAUUGCGAAGAUUUUAUCGUGUAUUAUUUGA